AUGUCCUCGUCUGAGGCUCCAAGACCACCAUGGAAGGAAAUUGGACGGACUCGGACCACGUCGGACUCUGCUGAAGACGAUGCUUUCGAGCUGCCGGGCUUUGCUGUAGCCAAGAAAUGGCAAGGGACAGCAGCCGACAAAAAGGACAUGGUCCAACUGGGCAGAGUCCAGGAACUUCGGCGCAACUUUCAGUUCAUGUCAAUAUUGGGGUUCGGAUGCACACUCAUUGCAACUUGGGAGGUGCUUCUCACCACCAUCAGCUCGGUCCUGACAAAUGGUGGGACCGCUGGCGUCAUCUGGGGAUACGUUGUCGUCGUCUGCGGCUUCUUCUUCGUGUACCUGUCUAUCGCAGAAAUGACAUCCAUUGCUCCUACCAGUGGAGGUCAAUAUCAUUGGGUAUCGGAGUUUGCACCGAAGCCUGCUCAAAAGUUUCUCUCAUACCUGGUGGGAUGGCUCUGUUUCACCGGCUGGCAAUGCGCUAUCACAAGCAUCACAUAUCUCGUCGGGACUGUCAUCCAAGGAUUGAUUGUGUUGAAUACCCCUAGCUAUGUCGCCCAGAGCUGGCAUGGAACGCUGCUCGUUAUGGCAGUGGCCACCUUCGCCAUCAUCUUCAACACCGUCUUAGCCAAGAGACUACCCAUGGUGGAGGGACUCUUGCUGGUUCUGCACGUACUGGGCCUUUUCGCGAUCGUCGUCACCCUAUGGGUACUUGCGCCGACUGCGAACGCUCGGGAUGUCUUCACACAGUUUACGAACGCAGGAGGCUGGAAUUCCGAAGGCACAGCCUUUAUGGUUGGCUUGCUGAGUCCGAUCGUGUCGUUGAUUGGCUUUGACUGCGCAGUGCACAUGUCGGAAGAGGUGAAAGAUGCAGGAAGGACGCUCCCGAAAGCUAUGCUGUGGUCCUUCGGCUUCAACAGCGUUCUUGGUCUCCUCAUGGCCAUAACCAUGUGCUUCACUCUUGGCGAUGUGGACGACAUUCUCAAUAGCGCGACUGGGUAUCCCUUCAUACAGGUCUUCUACAAUGUCACUCAGUCUUCCGCAGGGGCCUCGAUUCUCACCGUGAUUCUGAUACUGACUCUCACCUCGUCCGCCAUUGCCGAGAUAGCCACCGCGAGUCGACAGUUGUGGUCGUUCGCUCGAGACCGUGGUAUGCCCGGGCACAAAUGGAUUUCACACAUCACGCCCGGCUGGAACAUACCACUUCAUGCCGUUCUCGUGUCGCUCUUGGUAACGUCGCUCCUCUCGCUUAUCAACAUUGGUUCGUCAGCAGCGCUCAAUGCCAUCUUGGCUUUGACCACUGUGAGUCUUUUGACCAGCUACAUCAUCGUCAUCGGAUGCCUUCUCAUCAAGCGGCUCCGUCGCCAACCAUUGCCGUGCAGGAGAUGGAGUCUAGGGAAGUUCGGAGGCGUGGUCAAUGCGAUUGCACUGUGCUACCUGCUUGCGAUCUACGCCUGGAUGUUCUUUCCCGUUGCUACACCUGUUGAAGCAGAGUCGAUGAACUGGGCGAUUGUCAUGUUCGUGGGCAUCAUGACUAUUGCGACAGUGUGGUAUCUUGUGGAGGGACAUAAGAGCUAUGUGCCGCCUGUAGCACUUGUGUCGAGAGACGGCUGGGUGCGAUGACGCUCCGUAUGGUACAGAUAUUGUAUGGGUACCUAUAUACCUUAUACAUCUAUACUAUCACUGAUGCCAACUGUCAAACGACCACGCCGACAAGAGACUCUUGUGCUCCCGCAGUGGGAUUGAGAUCUCCAGGGUGUUGGUCACUGGCUAACAGCAUAUCUAGACGCUCGCUUGAUAUUGGAACCGGAUGAAUAGGGCCUGUUCGAUAUUGAACGUACGGAAGUCGAAAUUGGUCCACAUGAUGCGGUGGGAUAAAGUUUGAUAUCUCGUCAUGACGACGCGUCUCCACUUUGAAAAUCUUCGAACGCGACGAGAUGGACCUUCAAACUGGCGUCGAACAUGAUGACGCCUUUACCACAACGACAACAACAACAAAAUAUCGUAUUAAAAUGCCUGCCCGAACCGAUGAGCGGCAGCCUCUGUUGAGAGAUGAUGAACAGUCUCGAGACCAGCCCAAUCAGGAUCACAGUCGAGAACAAAAGGUCGAAUUCGACGAGACCGACUCGGAAAACCCACGACAAUGGC